AGUACUCAGUAACUUCUACUGAUGAUUGAUUUAACGUCGUCUAUUAGUUUCAACUCAUCGGCAAUCAAUUGUAAUUAUUAUAUAUUUGUUACAAUCUUUGUCAUGACUGGCGAAUUGAUAUUAUCGUCUUCAUUUCACCAAUGAGUAUCCACCCACCUAUCCGGCCAUGGCUCAAUGGACCCGUCUCAGAUUCAAGCCGAAACAGCUAUGGUUACAUAGGACAGUUACGAAUUACCUGUGAUUGAAACAGCCUACGGGUCUAUGGUACUGUUCCCCUAUUGACCAAAAUUAUUUACGGCUUCAUAAAAGCCACAAUCCCCCAUACAUGAUCUCCAUGAUCCUCAACUUCCCUUUCUCACAUCAUAACACUUUUAAUAAACAAGCUUUUUUCUAAAUCGACUCCCCCUGUGUAGAUCACGAUGGAGUCCCAGACGUCCAAGUACGCUAAUCUAAGACAUGUCGACGACCGCGACGGCUCCAGGUCGAGCACCGAGGUUGAGGAGUCCUUGAUGGGCGAUGAGAAGCAGUGGCACGACAUUGAAUUGAGCAGGCCAACUACGCGGAGGACGAAGUGCGGGAGAGUUGUCGCGGCUUUUAGAUCGUCGAGGUGGAUGAUCGACACGGCCCUGCUAUUGAUAAUUUUAGGGUUGUUGGUGAAAGAUCAAUGGCGCAAACCGGAGACAGGAGAGAAGGAUACCAACCCGUGGCAAUUCGGCCAGGAUCUGACGGGAGUUGGGCCGAGAUUCUCCCAAAAGAUCACCACGUUCGAACGGGAUGAGUCGUUCGCACCGAAUAACACAGCCGAUUUCUUCACGGAGGAGGUCCUAGAAAGAUGGAAUAGCCUCAUGCCACAGGGCAUGGGCUUCGUCUGGGUGAACGACACGUCCAAGUACCACGACCUCCCCACGCCCAUCAUGUGGCCCGACAAGACCGUCUUCACGACGUCCGCGACCCAUCAACUCCACUGCCUCUUCGCCAUCGCACAGACAUACUCGGGCCUGUCGUCCGGCCACGAGAUCCCAGACGACCACCACUGGCACAUGAUCCACUGCUUCGACUACAUGCGGCAGGCCAUCAUGUGCAGCGCCGACAUGGCCCUCGAGGGCCUGGAGACGACGUUCCCGGACCACAAUGGCGGGUCCGAUGGUUGGGAUUCCAAGCACGUGUGUCGGGACUGGAGCGAUGUCAAGUCGUAUCUCGAGAGCGUGCGAGCUUACGAUGACAAGCUCAUCUAUUGAUUGGGACUUUUGAAGAUAAAAAAUAUAUAUUCUACGGCCAUGCAUUAGGGAGCGAUUGGAGUUAGGGGGCAUUACUAUCGUUUUAGAGCGUACACAUUUACAUACAGUAGCUAGCUACUAAUGAAUACCCAUCUCUGGGCAUCGCAGAAGAAUUGUCAAUUACAUUGGCAUUUUAAAAGAUCC